UCAGAGCUGCAUCCUUUGGUGCAACAUGAUCCUUCUGCUUGGUCUGCUUUGUGCUAUCUGUGUGGACCCUGCUUGGAGUCACAAGGAAGAUGGAAGUUUCAGUUUUGAGGGAAACAUUCAGCAGGACGCAGUGGCCAACAACUCUGUUUACAUCGCUACAGAGGAGAAGCUGUACCAGCUGAGCCAUGACCUGACUCUGCUGCACAGCCUGACCCAGAGAGGGAUCUUGAAGGACCACAAUGGGAUGGGUGAUGCGGAGUUUCACCGAAUCUCAGGAACAGAUUUGUUAAAUGCAAGGUUUAAUGUCAAUAUUUUAAUUCCAUUUGCUAGGAAUGAUACAGUAGUCAGCUGCGGUGUGACCAACAAUUACUGUGGCUAUUGUGAGAUUCUGGACCUGAAGAACAUUUCUAAGCUGGUUUACAAUGAAUCCAUCCAGGUGGGACCUCAGAGGAGCAGCAGUGGGUCUGUCAGCUUUCUGGUGGAUGUGAAGGAGGAUUCAGGUCAGACUGAGACUUACAUUCUGACAGCGAUAAAGAACCCUAGAGACAAGACAGCGUGUAGCCCUGAUUUAAAGACAAUCAACCUUCAAAACACCAAUCAUAAACAGAAUGGAGAUAUAUUUAACUGGUCUGGUCGAUCAGGUGGUAAACCUGGGAUCCAAACUGAAGCUGAUGUAGAGUUUGUGGACGGAUUCCAGAUCAACUCAACAGUGUAUCUGUUCUCCAACGUGGCAUCAGGAGGUAAAACCAACAAAGUCCGUCUGAUCUGGCUUCAGGCUGAAACCAGUAAAACUCAGACUCUGAAGUCUCUUCGUGGAGCGACUCUCAGUUCCUCUGGAGGUGAAGGCAGCAGACUGCUGGCCUCCUCGGUCAUCCCAGGUGGACAGCAGGUCCUGUGGAGUGGAGUGUUCAGUGUGGACGGAGGAGAAAGUAACACUGAGCUGCUGCUGUUUGACAUCAGUCCUGAUCUCAGCAGGGAGAUGAAUAAAGAUCCAGACUUUUUUUACACAUCAAAAAUUAAAAAUUCCUGGUCAGGACCAAAGAAUCUAAAACCAAAGGUUGUUCUUCUGAAUCACAAUGACAUGACCUCUGUGUUGGCGAUGAAGAAGAAGGCCUGGAUGGUGUUCUUCAUUGGAACAGCAGACGGAUUGCUUAUGAAGGUGUGUAGAAAAAUACUGAAUACUGCCGACCAGGAGGCAAAAGCAGUCAGCCCUCCAACAAGAAACACUCUGGGCGACCCUGAGGCAUUCCCAGACUCCCGACGUCCUGGACUCUGGGGAUUCCUCCAGCUCAAUAUGACCAGAAAACCAGCAAACGGAGGAGCCCAGGAGGCAACCUGGUCAAAAACCGAACCCACACCGACCGACGCAGCGGCUCAUCCCGUGUCUGAGGCCGAGUCCAGCCACGCUACGCAGGAAGUCAAGUUUAACUCGAGGAACACAAUUGCUCUUGAAACUCCUCCGCUUGAGGCCAAAACAGACCUCGACCCGGAGCGGGCGGCUCACAACGGCGUCGGCAACAAACAACCUCGCACAAUAAGCGAGAAGGAGAUGAUAAACAUUCUCGGACAUGUUUUGGUGAAUAACUCGUCGCAGGCAGAAACUGGGUUAGUCUCUGGAGGUCGUCGACCCAAAGGCUGGAUGACCUACAUGAAACGACAGGCCCCGAUCAAACCGGUGACGAUCCAAGACUCCCCGAACCACACAGAACCGCACUGCGACUCCCACAAAGAAGCAUGCCGCAUUUACACGCAGAGCGCAUAA